CGUCAUAUGUGCGGAUACAUUGUUCGCUCUCAUUCUAUGGAGCGAGAGAUAGAGCGCUUGCGUACCACAUAACGAAAAUUUCUUUUUUUUUAUUCGAAACGAGUAAAAAUGCAUUGCUGUGCGCGAAAAGUCACUAAAUAGUUGCGGUAAAUGGAAAGAGCAGCAGCAGCAGCAAUAAAAUAAAAGAAAUACCUUAAACAUUGUACUGUUAUAUGUCGAUUUCACACGGACUCAUAUGGAUUAGCGCCAAUUCGCGUACAGUUGUAACUAUGAUUUGCCCCAUUCAACAUUGAUGAACGAGAGACGAGAAAAAAACAAGGAACGGUCGAAUGUGUGAAAUUACGAAGCAUAUUAAAAGUGUUAAACCAGUGAAACGAAUUCCCAAAACAAUUCAGACACACCACGUUUCGGGUGCUGAAAAUCAAUUGGUGUUAUUGCAUGUAUACACAACGAAAUCGUUGAAUAUUUGACGCAAGAGAACCUGAGAUUUUUUCCGUCGUAGGACGACGGUGCGUAUAGUUUUCACAAAUUUGGCACACUUUCAUUAGACUACAAUUUUCAAGGGAAUCAAAUAAAAAAGAAGUGAUUUUUCUUUCACAUUUGCAAUAAAUUUGCAAAGUACCACGUAAUAGGCAGCAUACACACAUCGCCAGUUUUGUUUCAUCAAACCCCGUUGAUUUUGCCCCAGUGUGAUGACUAUCGAUAAAAAUGAGCCCGAUGAAAUUCCUGCCAAUCAAAAAGAUGAAUCGCCUAAUAGCAAGGAAAUCACAGAAAAGAUUACCGUGCAUUUUAUGCUGGGAUUUCGCGAAAUAUGCAUGGUAACAGCCGCACUGCCAAUGGUAACGCUAUUUAUUUGCUUCGUGAGUGCCGUUGUCUUCCAAUUUGAUGAUGUACAUGAAACACAUUGCCGGGUUUUCAAUUUUAUACCAUCGAUAAGCGCCAUAACGGGCAUCAGUCCAAAUAUCUAUUUUUGGCGAAUAAGCAUUGCGUUGCAUGUAGGGCCGCGAUUUAUAAUUGCAAUUUGUUACAAAAGCUAUUAUGAACAUAUGUUGUGCCAUGUCAAGAAUCCAAUAGUCCACAGCAAAGGUACACUUUAUAUGAAACUUGCGUUUUGGUUGCACAUCGUUGAAAUCACUUCACUGUGCGGUGUCACGUACAUUUCAAACCGAGAGAAUUACACCCUGCAUGAACAAGUGUUCAUUGUGUUCAUGGUGUGCUCGCUGUGUCACAUGCUGAUCGUAAUAAAAUUGUGUCAAUUAUUGAAAAACGAAAUCGACGUACAGCGAUUGCCUCAUUUGAUUCUCAUCGAUGAGGAGAAAUCCAUUAAAUUCAAAAAGAUCCUGUUCAACAUAUCGAUCGUUUGUACCGUCGGGUUGGCCGUAUUUUUCUUCAAGCAUCGAGUUUACUGCCACGAUUUAGCGUUCAGUGCGUUUGCAUUUUGUGAAUAUAUUAUUGCUGUGUGCAAUUUAGCAUUUCAUUGCACAACCAUGUUGGAUUUUCCAUCUGAGUAUUUGAUGAUCGCACGUCGUACUACAAAACUUAAACUAAAACACCCAACCGGAUGGAAAUUGGACUAGAUAUGCAGUGAAAUCGACAGGAUGUGACUCAAUAUGAAUGGAUUAUGGUAUCCGUUACUAUGAUGACAUGUUCUAAUUCGCGAAUUUGGACAAAAUGACGUAAUUUAUUAUGUUUUAUAUUUCGUAUACGUUUAUUCCACUAUACCACUUGCCCUGUGGCCAAUAGUUUUUAUUGCACGAAACAAAACCGAGUUUAUGCCAAACGGCACUUUUCGGUUCUGUAUUUUUAUUAAAUUAUUAUUUGAAAUCUUUGAUGAAUGUUUUAUGAACAGAAAUCAUUUUUUUCAUGGAAAAAGCUCUUGCUACGUGGAAAAUUG